UUGCUGUUGUGCCUGUGGUCACUUCUGUCACUGUGAAGGGUGGUGACGGCCAAGUCAGUCAGACAAGCAACUCAUCCAGCGAUUCUGAGCUGGGGCCUGAGCUGGCGGCUUUGCUGUGCACUCCAGACGUGGAUGUGCUGCUUCGUCCUAGGCCCAGAGACAACGAGGUCAACCAGCCAGGGACUGAAAUCUCCAAAACGAAUAAUCAUGGGCCAGACGGGGAAGAAAUCUGAGAAGGGACCCGUUUGUUGGCGGAAGCGUGUAAAAUCUGAGUACAUGCGGCUGAGACAGCUCAAGAGGUUCAGACGAGCUGAUGAAGUAAAGAGUAUGUUUAGCUCUAAUCGUCAAAAAAUUUUGGAAAGAACAGAAAUCUUAAACCAAGAAUGGAAACAACGAAGGAUACAGCCUGUGCACAUCAUGACUUCUCUCCCAGUGGUCCAGCCACACAGUCGCCUAUUGUACCAGCUGGUUGAUUGUUCGGUGACCAGUGACUUGGAUUUUCCAACACAAGUCAUCCCGUUAAAGACCCUAAAUGCAGUCGCUUCAGUACCUAUAAUGUAUUCUUGGUCUCCCCUCCAGCAGAAUUUUAUGGUAGAAGAUGAAACUGUUUUACAUAACAUUCCUUACAUGGGGGAUGAAGUCCUAGACCAGGAUGGCACUUUCAUUGAAGAACUAAUAAAAAAUUAUGAUGGCAAAGUCCAUGGAGAUCGAGAGUGUGGGUUUAUAAACGAUGAAAUUUUUGUGGAGUUAGUGAAUGCUCUUGGUCAAUACAAUGAUGAUGAUGACGAUGAUGAUGGAGAUGAUCCAGAUGAAGGAGAAGAAAAGCAGAAGGAUCUAGAGGAUAGUCGAGAUGAUAAAGAAAGCCACCCACCACGGAAAUUUCCUUCUGAUAAAAUUUUUGAAGCCAUUUCCUCAAUGUUUCCAGAUAAGGGCACAGCAGAAGAACUAAAGGAAAAAUACAAAGAGCUCACCGAGCAGCAGCUCCCAGGUGCACUUCCUCCCGAAUGUACCCCCAACAUAGAUGGACCAAACGCUAAGUCUGUGCAGAGGGAGCAGAGCUUGCAUUCAUUUCAUACGCUUUUCUGUCGGCGAUGUUUUAAGUAUGACUGCUUCCUACAUCGUAAGUGCAAUUAUUCUUUUCACGCAACACCCAACACAUACAAGCGGAAAAACACAGAAACAGCUCUGGACAACAAGCCUUGUGGACCACAGUGUUACCAGCACCUGGAGGGAGCGAAGGAGUUUGCUGCUGCCCUCACAGCUGAGCGGAUAAAGACCCCGCCCAAGCGCCCUGGGGGCCGCAGGCGAGGCCGGCUCCCCAACAACAGCAGCAGGCCCAGCACCCCCACCAUCAAUGUGCUGGAGUCAAAGGACACUGACAGUGACAGAGAAGCAGGGACUGAAACUGGGGGAGAGAACAAUGAUAAAGAAGAAGAAGAGAAGAAGGAUGAAACAUCAAGCUCUUCUGAAGCAAAUUCUCGGUGUCAAACCCCAAUAAAGAUGAAGCCAAAUAUUGAACCUCCUGAGAAUGUGGAGUGGAGUGGUGCUGAAGCCUCGAUGUUCAGAGUCCUCAUAGGCACUUACUAUGAUAAUUUCUGUGCCAUUGCCAGGUUGAUUGGGACCAAAACAUGCAGACAGGUGUACGAGUUUAGAGUCAAAGAAUCUAGCAUCAUAGCACCUGCUCCUGCUGAGGAUGUGGACACUCCUCCACGAAAGAAGAAGAGGAAACACCGGUUGUGGGCUGCACACUGCAGAAAGAUACAACUGAAAAAGGACGGCUCCUCUAACCAUGUUUACAACUAUCAACCCUGUGACCAUCCACGGCAGCCUUGUGACAGUUCGUGCCCUUGUGUGAUAGCACAAAAUUUUUGUGAAAAGUUUUGUCAGUGUAGUUCAGAGUGUCAGAACCGCUUUCCUGGAUGCCGCUGCAAAGCACAGUGCAACACCAAGCAGUGCCCAUGCUACCUGGCUGUUCGAGAGUGUGACCCAGACCUCUGCCUGACCUGUGGAGCUGCAGACCACUGGGACAGCAAAAACGUGUCCUGCAAGAACUGUAGCAUCCAGCGGGGCUCCAAAAAGCAUUUACUACUGGCACCAUCAGAUGUAGCAGGCUGGGGGAUUUUCAUCAAAGAUCCUGUGCAGAAAAAUGAGUUCAUCUCAGAAUACUGUGGAGAGAUUAUUUCUCAAGAUGAAGCAGACAGAAGAGGAAAAGUAUAUGAUAAAUACAUGUGCAGCUUCCUGUUCAACUUGAACAAUGAUUUUGUGGUGGAUGCAACCCGCAAGGGCAACAAAAUUCGUUUUGCGAAUCACUCAGUAAAUCCGAAUUGCUAUGCAAAAGUCAUGAUGGUGAAUGGCGACCACAGGAUCGGCAUCUUUGCGAAGAGGGCCAUCCAGACUGGUGAAGAGCUGUUCUUUGAUUAUAGGUACAGCCAGGCUGACGCCCUGAAAUACGUGGGCAUUGAGCGCGAGAUGGAAAUCCCUUGACAUCUGCUACCUCCUCUUCCCCUUCCUCUGAAACAGCUGCCUUAGCUUCAGGAACCUCGAGUACUGUGGGCAACUUAGAAAAGAAAAUGCAGUUUGAAAUUCUGAAUUUGCAAAGUACUGUAACAAUAAUUUAUAGUAACAAGUUUAAAAAUCAACUUUUUAUUGCCUUCUCACCAGCUGCAAAGUGUUUUGUACCAGUGAA